CGCCGGGAGCGCCAGGCCGUAGGCGCAGCCACCGCCGUGGACCCGCAGGGUGUGGAGGCGAGGAAGAGCCUUGAACCGUGAGGGGGCCGUUAACUCUAAGAUGUCCUUGAGCAGCGGAGCUUCCGGAGGGAAAGGAAUCGAUGCGAACCCGGUUGAGACGUACGACAGCGGGGAUGAAUGGGACAUUGGAGUAGGGAAUCUCAUCAUUGACCUGGACGCUGAUUUGGAGAAGGAUCAGCAGAAAUUGGAAAUGUCGGGCUCCAAAGAGGUGGGGCUCCCGGCGCCCAACGCGGUGGCUACCCUGCCCGAUAACAUCAAGUUUGUGAGCCCCGUGCCGGGCCCGCAGGCCAAGGAAGGCAAGUCCAAGUCGAAAAGGAGCAAGAGUGGCAAGGACAGUGGCAAGCCAACCCCAGGGACCUCCUUGUUCCCUCCCGCGGAGGGAGCUGGGGGCAAGAAGGAGACGCAAGGACGUUCUGGGGACAGCGUGAACUCUGGGGGCUUGGUGCCCGCCGUCACCUCCAAGGGCUCGGAGAAAUCGGCCAAGGCGUCGCGCAGCGUGGCCGGCUCCAAGAAGGAGAAGGAGGGCGGCUCAUCCAAAAGCAAGAAGGAAAGGAGUGAGGGCGCGGGGGCUCCGCCAGAGAAGGAGCCCAACGUACUGCAGCCCCUCGCCCUGGCUGUGAGGGUGGGACAGUAUGACGGGGGCCAGGGGACAGAACCUGCUGCUGCCGAGCAGCUUGGGAGUAUAGCUAUUGACACGGGAGCUGCGCUCAAUCCCUUGGGAGUUAAGUCGGAACUGGAGGACGGGGAAAGCGAGUGCCGGCAGCUGAAAAAGGUCAAAUCGGAGAAGAUGGAGUCUCCGGUCUCGACGCCCGCGGUGUUGCCCUUGCACCUCCUCGUCCCUGUGGUCAACAACGACAUCUCGUCGCCCUGUGAGCAGAUCAUGGUACGCACCCGCUCCGUGGGAGUGAAUACCUGUGAUGUGGCCCUGGCCACCGAGCCGGAGUGUCUGGGCCCUUGCGAGCCUGGGACCAGUGUGAACCUGGAAGGCAUCGUCUGGCAGGAGACGGAGGAUGGGAUGCUGGUAGUCAACGUGACCUGGAGGAACAAGACGUACGUGGGGACGCUGCUGGACUGCACGCAGCACGACUGGGCACCUCCCCGGUUCUGCGACUCUCCCACCAGCGACCUCGAGAUGCGCAACGGCCGGGGCCGGGGCAAGCGCAUGCGCCCCAACAGCAACACGCCCGUGAGCGAGGCCGCCGCCGCCUCGGACAGCAAAGGGACCAGCAACAGCAGCAAGACCCGGGCGGGAGCCAACAGCAAAGGACGCCGGGGAAGCCAGAACUCCUCGGACCACCGCACGCCUCCCAGCGGCAGCACCGAGGACGUGAAGGCCAGUCCCUCGUCCGUGACCAAGCGGAAGAGCAAGCCCCUCUCGGACAUGGAGCUGAACUCCAGCUCCGAGGACUCCAAGGGCAGCAAACGCAUCCGCACUAACUCGAUGGGCUCGGCGGCGGUGCCCCCGGCUACGGUGAAGGUGGAGCCGGCUGUCUUGGACCGAAACUGCCCCUCUCCCAUCCUCAUUGACUGCCCGCACCCCAACUGCAACAAGAAGUACAAGCACAUCAAUGGGCUCAAGUACCACCAGGCCCACGCGCACACGGACGACGACAGCAAGCUGGAGGCGGACGUGGACAGCGAGUACGGCGAGGAGCCCUCCCUGCACUCGGACGUGGGCAGCUGCAACGGUGCCGCCGCCUCGCAGAAGGGCUCGCUGUCGCCGGCUCGCUCGGCCACCCCCAAGGUCCGCUUGAUGGAGCCCCACAGCCCCUCUCCGUCCAGUAAGUUUAGCGCCAAGGUCCCCUGCAAGAAGAAGCUGGCGGGGGAAGGAGACACCGACCCCGGGGCCCUGUCCAAUGACGGCUCUGAGGACGGUCCUUCGGUGGCCGAUGAGACCAGCAACGAUGGCUUUGACUCCCUGGAGAAGAGGUGCGCAGAUAAGGACAAGUCCAAGAAGGCAUCUGCUGCUAAGCCGGAGAAGAUCCCUUCCAAAAGCUUGAAGUCUGCCAGACCCAUUGCCCCAGCCAUCCCUCCGCAGCCAAUUUACACCUUCCAGACGGCCACCUUCACUGCAGCCAGCCCCGGUUCCUCCGCGGGCCUCACCACCACCGUGGUGCAGACCAUGCCCAACAGCCCCCAGCUCAAGCCCAUCCAGCCAAAGCCCACGGUGAUGGGCGAACCCUUCGCAGUCAACCCUGCCCUGACCCCUUCCAAGGAGAAGAAGAAAAAGGACAAGAAGAAGAAGGAGCCCAAGGAAGCAGAAAACCCUUUGACUUCUGGGAAAGUCUGCAGGGUGGAGGAAGGUAAGAGCCCUUUCCGGGGCGAAUCCAGCGACCUCGGGACAAAAGGCGAGGGACUGUUGAACGGCUCGUCCGACCCACACCAGAGCCGCCUUGCCAGCAUCAAGGCCGAGGCGGAUAAAAUCUACAGCUUCACCGACAACGCGCCGAGCCCGUCCAUCGGCGGAGCCAGCAGGCUGGAGAGCGCCAACCCGGCGCAGCCCAUGACCCCGCUGCAUGUCGUGACCCAGAACGGCGCCGAGGCGAGCUCGGUGAAAACCAACAGCCCCGCUUACUCGGACAUCUCCGACGCCGGCGAGGACGGCGAGGGCAAGCUGGAAGGCAUGAAGGCAAAGGAUCCGGAGCAGCUGGUCAAGGAAGGGGCGAAGAAAGCUCUCUUCCCCCCGCAGCCCCAGAGCAAAGAGUCCCCUUACUACCAAGGCUUUGAAACCUACUAUUCCCCUGGCUACCCCCAGGCAAGCCCGGGGCCCUUGAACCCCAGCAGCCAGGCUGCGGCCGAGCCCCAGGCCUUGAAGCUGAAGAAGGAUGAGGAGCAGGAGAGCCCGGAGGUGAAGGUGAAGAGCGAGGGCUGUGAGGAGAAGAAGCCGGAGCUGGGCAGCUCCAGCCAGCAGCCCUCGGUGAUCCAGCAGCGCCCCAACAUGUACAUGCAGUCGCUCUACUACAACCAGUACGCCUACGUGCCCCCCUACGGCUACAACGAGCACGGCUACCCCGCGCCCCUCAUGAGCACCAACCCUGCCUAUCGGCAGGAGGCAGAGAGGGGCCCACAACAGCUGGAGCAGCAGCAGCAGCGAGGGCUGGAGAAGAAAGCGGAGCUGGGCCUCAAGGAGAGGGAGGCGGCGCUCAAAGAGGAGUGGAAGCAGAAGCCGCCCAUGCCCCCGACGCUCACCAAGGCGCCGAGCCUCACCGACCUCGUCAAGUCGGGGCUGAGCAAGGCCAAGGAGCAAGGAGGGGGGGACAUGGCUAAAUCGGUGAUCAUCCCCAAGCUGGAGGACUCGUCGAAGCUCUCGGGCAGCCAGGUAGCCGAAGGCCUCAAGGUGAAGCUGAGCGAGGCGAGUCACCUCGGGAAGGAGAGCGCCGAGACGAAGGCGGGCGCUGAGUGUGGCCGGCAAGCAGAGGUGGACCCUGUGCUCUGGUACAGACAGGAAGCGGAGCCCCGGAUGUGGACCUACGUCUACCCCGCAAAGUACUCGGACAUCAAGACAGAGGACGAGCGGUGGAAGGAGGAGAGGGAUCGGAAGUUGAAGGAAGAAAGAAGUCGGAGCAAAGAGGCUGUGUCCAAGGAGGACGGGAAGGAGAGCACCAGCUCCGAGUGCAAACUGACCCCCACCGAGGAGGCUCGCAUGGUGGGGAAGGACCCCAGGCCCAGUGUCCAUGUCCCCGUGUCGUCACCCCUCACGCAGCAUCAGUCCUACAUCCCCUACAUGCACGGCUACUCCUACAGCCAGUCGUACGACCCCAACCACCCCAGCUACCGGGCCAUGCCCACGGUCAUGAUGCAGAAUUACCCAGGGUCGUACCUGCCUUCCAGCUACUCCUUCUCCCCGUACGGGAGCAAGGCGUCCGGGAGCGAUGACAGCGACAAGUCCCGAGCCAGUCCCAGUGUGAGCUGUAAGUCCAGCUCGGAGUCCAAGGCCCUGGACAUCCUGCAGCAGCACGCCAGCCACUACAAGAGCAAAUCGCCCACGAUAAGCGAGAAGACGGCUCCGGAGCGGGAGCGCGGUGGCUGCGGGGUGGUGGGCGGCGGCGGCAGCUGCAGCGGCGUCGGCGGCGCAGGAGGUGGCCUCGGCUACUCGCUGCUGCCCGCGCAGUACAACCUGCCCUAUGCAACAGGUCUCUCCUCCACAGCCAUCGUUGCCAGCCAGCAGGGCUCCGCUCCCUCCCUAUACCCGCCGCCGCGGAGGUGA